AGAGAGAGAGAGAGAGAGAGAGAGAAGAAGGAGAGAGAGCAGAGAGAGAGAGAGAGGGAGAAGAGAGAGAGAGAGAAAGAGGGAGGAGAGGGAGAGAGAGAGAGAGAGAAGGAGAGAAGGGGAGAGAGAAGAGCGAUGAACGUCAAGCGGCGCGGCGACUAUUUCGUCGGCGGCGGGGUGAAGAAACACGAUCCGGCGCUACUUUUUUCAACGUCGUGUGACGGCGUGACACGAUCCGGCGCUACUUUUUUCAACGUCGUGUGA